AUGAACAAUGAUUCUACAUCAGUAUCGGGUCAACUGGCAACCCCUCCCAAUGGCAGAAGUGGGAGCUCGAGUCGGCGAUGUCGACAUCCAUCCAAGACCCCAGCUCAGAGAAGAGCUUAUGAUCAAAUAAGGAAGAAAUACGAGUUAGCAAGCUCGUUGAUGACGAAUCUCGACUUCGCAAUUUAUUGUCAACUUUGCGUAUUAUAUUACAUGGACUGCUCAUUCUUCCAAUUAUGUAUGCGCGCCCUGACACAAUUUGUUAUUCUUACACCGAAGCCGAAGCACGUUAGACAACCGCCUCAAAACUCCUCUCUGGUCAUAAUGUUAUUGGGCUCGAAUAUUCUGUGUAUAUUCCUACACCUUUUAUUUGCGCCUUCGAGAUCUGGCGAGGAGAUGAGGGGAUAUCUACAUGGAGGCAUCAUUAUCGAUCUUAUUGGUCAGAAGGGUCCUUCAUCUAAACUGAAACUGGUUGUCUUCGAUUUGCUUGUAUUGACUUUACAAGCCAUACUAUUCACUAUUCACCUAGAUAGAGAGAGGCUCGACAAGUUCCUGACAGCCUAUGGAAAGAAGACCACUGAUGCGCAAAUACAACCUUCUACACAAGAUCAUGAUGCUGAGGAACGAGGAGUAUUGAGGGACACUGUUGCUGGCUUGGAGGACAUUGAAAUGCAGCCGUUAGAUACCGCAGGAGCUGCCCCUCGUCCAGAUGGCCAAGAAAAUACCACAGAGGAGGACUUUGAACGAGAAGGGCUACUUGCUGAGCCGAUAGAUACACAGUCGGAUGAUGCGCCUUUGGAUAUUUUUUGGUCGGGGACGGCCGUUAUUGGAGAGUUCAAUGUUUUAGAUACCCUCCGAAGUCAGUUGGCAGUUUCAGGGUCCGCUUCUGGGUCCUUACGGGCAAAUACUUUGUCUGCUGAUGUCGCCGAGCUUACUGCAAGGAAUCCGAGGCUAAGUGCCAUCGCUCGGAGGUUGCAGCGCAGCAUAGAAUAA